UUUGUUUUGUUAGCCAAGAUACUUGCUUCAAUGUAAUAUAUCAAAACGUUAUUAGCGUGCGGUAAUGAGCAGCUGAGACUUUGUCGUUGGGUUAAAAAUAGGCGAACAACCUCGAACUUUACGUUUCGCUCGCGGCAGUGCGUUGAACCAGUCGAUCAAUAAGCCAAGUUCAAGUUGUUCAUAUUGCCGCAUCGUCAUGACUACCGGAGCCGCAACAAACCGAUUGCUAGCACCACACCCAGUGCUGGUGUAUCAGUGUGAAGACGUUAUUAUUGGCGCAUUACCAUUGUUUCUAUUACACGAUGAGGCUGACGAAGUAUGCAGGCUACACGCGACCGGCGCCGGUGCCAACGAUGCCUCCGGGCGUGGUGGAGCUGAUGGAAGGUCUCACCAAGGAGGUGCUGCGCCAUAACCCGGCAGACAUGUACCAGUUCUGCGCAGACCACUUCGAACAACUGCUCGUCAUCAGGGAUGGUCGUGCUCCAAAAAAAACGUUAACUCUUGAGCAAAAAAUAAACAGGGCUCAGCAGAAAGUGAGAGAAAGAGCGGAACAUCGGCGUCGUAAGUACGACGAGGAAAUGAAGAAAUAUGUUGAAGAAAUGAAAUGUUCCAGUAAUGUUCAAGAUGAACCGGCCACCGAUAAAUUAAAAUCGCCGGAAUUGGUACAGGAUAGUAAGCUCAAAGCUCCAGUACAUCAUGACCAGGACCUGACUGAUGCCAAAGAAGUUGAAAUAUUUCAUAAACCUAUUGAAGAAACGAAGAUUGAAAAAGUAUUUGCGACCAACAUUGAGACAAUCAAUAAUACAAAUGAUUCAUCAUUAGUUAAGGAUAUUCUUGAAAAAGAAAAUGAAACGACAGUUAACGAGGAGCUCAAACAGCUUAAGGGCAAAGGUUUUUCUCAAGAAGAAAUCCCUGCAACUAAUUUAGAUUCUACUAUUUCCGACAUUGAUGGCAUUUUGGAAAAUAAUAAAUCAUAUAGUGUUGAUAACAUCAUUGAGAAUGGUAACGAAGACGUGCGUACUGAACUUAAUAGAGUAAGAAGAAGUGUAGCUCCAGUUGAAUCUCAUAAAAAGGUUAAACAAGUAGAAGAAGUGGAUAUUAGGGAGGCACAAAUAGAAAAUCCACAAGAAGCUGUCGUCUUACUUAACCAUCCUGAAGCUAAGAUGGAAGAAGUGAAAGAUAUUUCAUUAGAGAAAGAGGAACGACCCAAUGACGUCGCUAAUGCUGAAAAGAUUGAAAAAGAAAAUAUAGAAGCAACUGACACUAUUGUCAAUAAAGAAAAUAAUACUGGUAUAGAUUCAUCAAAUAAUAAAUACGAUACUAUUGAUCGUGCCGAACCAGAAAAUGACAUCGAUAAAGCAGAAAUGGCGGAAACUGAAAUUGAAACACCGAAAGGAGAAACUCUUGAUAGUAACGUCACUAUUUCUACAAAAGAACUCUACGACGAGGCAACAAUGAAUGUGAUUUCAGAAUUAGAAUCGGCCGAUUUAAAGGUAGGUAGCAAUUCAGAAAAACCAGACAAAAAUGCAGUUGAAACAAAAGAAGAAAUAACAAACAUUUUAGAACCCACUGACGAGAGCCUUGAAAAACAGGCCGAAACAUUUGAAAAUGUAGACAACAUUAAAGAUACUAUGCCAGAAAUCGUUGGCAUAGUCGAUAUGAAAGCUGACGACAAACUAUUAGAAUCUCAUGAAUUGACAAAUGCGAUAGAUACGCUCGUUGAAGAAAAGUUGUUACCAGAAAUUGAAAAUGUAGAACAAAAGAAACAAGAAUUAAAAUACGAACUUGCUGAACCAGGGGAAACGAAAGAUUCUACAUAUUCACAGAAAGGUUUUGAGUUAACUGAAGAAACGAAAAGUGAACCAGAACUUCUUGACCAAGGUUCGAAAUUACAAAACGCUGAUACAGUUUUUACGUUCACUGGUAACAGAAAUUUGUUGGAUCAAAACAUAGAGUCUCAGAAAGAGAAAAUGGAUACAUUGGAAAUAUCUACACAUAUAACAGAGGCAAGUGGCCAAAGUGAUGAGGCACCGAAAGCUAAUGCCGUUUCUACUGAAAUAGAAUCUAGUAAUGUUCUUCAAGUUGUGGCAGAAGAUAAUGUGUCUGAAGAACAAAGUAUUGUUGAGAACGAUAAAACAUUGGACAUCAUACCCGAGAUGAAAACAUGCGAAGUUACUGAAUCGGAAAAUAACUCAAAUGACGACGACACAGAAGACGUUAAGAAGGGUGACAAUGAAACAACACCUAAAAGUGAAGCUGACUCUGCAGCGGAAGAAAAUGUGGAUGAUUCUUUAACCACGAUAAAUAAGGUGCUAGUCGAUGAAUCUGCCAUUGUGAAUGAUGAUAAUGAUUCUGUUCCCGUUGAAAUAACCACAACAAAUGGAACAGAACAAAAUUUAAACGGCAGGUAUGAAAAUGGCAAAGAGACACCAGAUUCAGAAGCUAUUUCUACUAUCGAAGAAUCGUCGAAUCAAGAGAUAGCAAAAGAUGUACAAAAUGUCCCAGACAUUCAAGAUAAUUUAUCAACUGCGUCAGAACCUAUUAAAACUGAUAAUGAAACAAGUUCUAUAGGAAAAUCUAGUAGUAUGGACGAUAGUUUUAUCGAAGAUAGCACUAAUAGCAUCCUAGAAGUAGAACUUAAGGAAACGAAUGCUGAGUCUACACAAAAUAAGGAGUCGUCAAGUAGUAUGGAUUUGGAAACUGCAGCAGUGACUAUUCAGAAAGUUUUUCGUUCUUUCCUUUUCAAAAGCAGAUGUUCCACUUUUGAUGAUACUGGAGCAGAUGAUAGCAAUUCGAUCGAUAACGAUCAUGAAAAGCUCGAAGUACAAUACCCGGUUUCAACAACACCUUUGAACAAAGAACGAAGAACUUUAGGUAGAAUGGACACAGUAUUACAAACAGUGAAUGAAGAGAAGUCAUUAUCUUUAUCAACUGACGACUCAUCUUUAUCAAGUGCUGCUACUAUAAUACAAGCUCAUGUCAGGGGCUUUUUGGUCAGAAAUAGAAGAAACUCUAAUAAAACAAAUUCUACAUCGUUAGUCAAUUCUGAUGGUCGUUCCACGUCCCUAGAAGCUGACAGUGAUCAAAAAGCCAACAAAACUGUUUUGAAUAUUCACAUUGUUCCCGAGGGUGACCAUUUUCUAAGCAGAGAUGAAAGUUUAUUAACCUCGAUCGAUUUAUCUUUAGAUGGAAGUCCACCUUCCUCUACUAACCUACACCCUUUAGGUUACGACAAAAGUGAACCUAGAAAACAGUUGAAACGUGAAGAUGCUAUACAGUCCAUUUCUCCACCAAGCAAUAAUAGCGGGAAGCUCAGUGAAGACGUAGAUUCUGUGAAAGACAUGAUAAUAUCUGACGAGCAGCAAAAAAAUAUCGAUAAUUUGAUAAACGAACCGCAACAAAAUGUAGAUGUAGAGAGUCGCGACGAUACGCCAACUAAGAGUACUACGAUUGAGACUGUCAUAGAAGCUCAUAAAAUUUUGAGAGAUGAAUCAAGUAGCCCAGAAGAGGAAAAAAAUGAAGCAGAAAUCGUUUCCAGACGUAAAGAGUCUAUUGCAAAAUACAAUUCAGACGAAAACGACGUAAUUACUCCAUUUGAGGAAAAAGUUUCGCUUGACUCUGGAAAUACAUCGCGACUGCUUCAUUCUGGGGAAUUCCAUGACGUGGUAUUACCCACAAAAGUUUCGCGAAAUGACACAUCAGUCGUCCGUGGUGAGUGAAGACAUCUUCUAUUUCCAGAAUUCAAGAACGUGUUGGCGUAUUUUAUAAUUUGGAAUAAUUCCUAAUGUAGAAGUUAGUAAGCGUCCAUGAAAUCGGAUUUUAUUUAUUUAUAAGUAACGCAAAAAUAAAGAUAAUUAAAAUUA